CUAACAUUCCCAUAAAGCAACAAAGCUUCUAGUUACAACCAUUUGCACCGAAACCUUCUGCAAUUAUCUGUGUCUUCCUCUCACAGAAACAGAAACAAAAGUGCAGUGGUCCGGCCUUAAGCUUCCCGACACCGUGAAUCCCUUUAUCUGGUUGAUCAAUCCGUUUCAAGAAGCUUCAUCUAUUAUGAGGAGCCCAAGAGAUUGGAGUCGUUUCCCUUGUAGGUAAUGUGAUGGGAGGGAUGUCCGGCUGUGGACAGUCAUGAGUGGAAAAUGAAGAUUUGGAGCACGCCGUGUGAAGGGAGACUCCCGCGUCAUGAUCAAUUGAGUGGAAAGAAAAGCAGAAAGACAACGGUACCUGGCAUAUUAGCAUUGGAGGUUGAAGCAGCGGAAUAAAGAGGGACCCUUAGCCUGUCCUUCGGUAACUGAACCAUUGAUCAUUCCGCUGGCAUCUUCUGUUCACGCUCUCAUAAGAUAUCGAUGUAUGUUACUACAUUGAGAAGGUGAUUUUGGACGGUGAUUUGCUCGAACUCUACUCUUUUGGGAUAAUGGCUUCUGGGUUAAGCGAUUCAAGGGGAAAUACAGUUGGCAUUGAUAGGUUGCACGACAAGAUGAAUGGCAUGAAAAUUUGGGGUGACAAGGAAACAGAGACAACUGUUAUUGACGGAAAAGGGACAGAGGCAGGCCAUAUAAUUGUCACAUCUAUCAGUGGAAACUAUGGCGAGCCAAAACAAACGAUAAGCUACAUGGCUGAGCGUGUUGUAGGGAAUGGCUCCUUUGGAGUAGUAUUCCAGGCAAAGUGCUUAGAGACCGGUGAAACUGUUGCCAUAAAAAAGGUUCUUCAAGACAAGAGGUACAAGAAUCGGGAGUUACAGAUGAUGAGAUUUCUAGACCACCCCAAUGUUGUGUGCUUGAAGCACAGCUUCUUGUCAAAAACUGAAAAGAAUGAGCUCUAUCUUAACCUUGUGCUGGAGUAUGUACCUGAGACUGUCUAUCGGGUGAUCAGACACUACAAUAAGAUGCAUCAUAGGAUGCCAUUGAUAUACGUAAAAGUUUACUUUUACCAGAUAUGUAGAGCGCUUGCAUACAUUCAUAAUUGUGUUGGAGUCUGUCACAGGGAUUUAAAGCCUCAAAAUCUACUGGUCAAUCCACAUACCCACCAAGUUAAACUCUGUGACUUUGGAAGUGCAAAAGCCUUGGUAACGGGGGAGACAAAUAUAUCUUACAUCUGUUCCAGGUACUACCGAGCGCCUGAACUGAUAUUUGGUGCAACUCAGUACAACACAGCCAUAGACAUGUGGUCUGCUGGCUGUGUUCUAGCUGAAUUAUUGCUUGGGGAGCCUCUCUUUUCUGGUGAGCGUGCAGUAGACCAGCUUGUGGAAAUAAUUAAGGUUUUAGGUACCCCAACAAGAGAGGAAAUUAAGUGCAUGAAUCCUAACUACACCGAGUUUAAGUUCCCUCAAAUUAAAGCUUAUCCAUGGUACAAGAUAUUCAACAAGCGUGUCCCUCCCGAAGCUGUCGAUCUUGUCUCAAGACUACUUCAGUACUCUCCAAAUCUCCGAAGUACAGCUCUGGAGGCUUUGGUUCAUCCUUUCUUUGAUGAGCUUCGUGAUCCAAGCGCCUGCCUGCCAAAUGGACGCCCCUUCCCCCCACUAUUCAACUUUAAGUCCCAUGAACUAAAGGAAGUGCCAGCAGAGAUGGUGGUCAAAUUGAUUCCAAAGCACGCAAGAAAGAACUGCCCCUUCUUUGGGUCAUCAUGAGGUCAAAUCUGUUGAUAUCUGCUCCCGGCAAGGAAAAUACAGUCUACUGUGGAAAUGUAGCUAGAGGCCAAUUAUAAAGUGAUCAUACGAUUCUUGUUUUUUAUUUGUUCCAAUGUUGAUUUGUGCCCUGUUUUUUCACAUCUGUCUUCUUCCGCCUUCUUUCUAUAAUGGAAAAUGAGAAGGUUCUGCCAGUAUGCUUGUAGUUAUGCUGAGAUGUAAAUUCUUAACUGGCUUACGUAUUUUAAAAUGUUGUAGAUGCCAAAAAAUUUCUCUUGAAA